CGGUGAACUAACCACCUACAACAAGUUUGACAGCUCAGCUUUUUUUUGAGCUCACACGCAGAACAGCAGCAACUACAGACAGCUGGACUCUCCUCCACUGGGUUUACUUUUCUCAUUUUUUUCUCUCUCUGUUUUCUCUUUUUUUGUUGUUGUUCGUAUGUGUGCGUCUUGCGUCUCCUGCUGGCUAUGAGGAAUUUCAUGUGUCCGUAGGUUUGGUUACUUUUUUUGUUUGGCGUUGGUGUAGUUUUAGUUUUUUGUAUUUUUUUUCUUCGUCGGUCGUCGUACGGAAUCUAAGUUAAACAUGUCGAGGAGCGCGGAGGAGGUGAACAAGCUCACUGAAAGUACAUAUAAGAGUGUGAUGGAUCAGUUCAACCCAGGAUUGAGGAACCUGGUCAACCUCGGCAAGAACUAUGAGAAAGCAGUGGCUGCAAUGACCCUGGCGGGAAAGUUGUAUUUUGAUGCAAUGUCUAAGAUUGGGGAGAAUGCCGCAGUGUCUCCUGUCUCCAGAGAAUUAGGUGUUGUGCUGAUGGAAAUCUCAGAGGUCCACAGGAAGGUUCAUCUUGAGAUGGAAGAAAAUGUGAGUGCUUUUAAGAGGUUCCACAAGGAGAUAGUGACCGAGCUGGAGAGAAAGACUGACAUGGAUGUCAAAUACAUGACAGCCACAUUUAAGAGGUAUCAGAUGGAGCACAAGAUGAAGCAGGACUCUCUGGAGAGGUCCCAAUCAGACCUGAAGAAGCUGAGGAGAAAGAGCCAAGGCAAGAAUGCCAACAAGUACGAGAACAAGGAGAGCGAGUGCCUGGAAACAUUGACGAGCCGUCAGAUGGACAUGCAGUUGUUUAUCGCAGACGGAUGUAAAGAGGCUCUGCUGGAGGAGAAGAGACGCUUCUGUUUCCUAGUGGACAAACACUGUUUGUUCUCCUACCAGAUCGCUUCCUUCCAUGACAAGGCUAGAGACAUGCUGACGGCAAAGCUGAGCAGCUGGCAGGACCAGUGCAACGAUGCCAUCAACAUGCCCGAUAGCAUCUUGACGAUGAUUGAGGGACUACGGACGCCAGUCUCCAUCACACCGCUGCCCUCUCCCUCUCCGUCACAGCGCAGCAUGAACAUGGCUGCUCCCCCGGCUCCACCUCUGAAACCUCAGACCAGCCCUUUAGCUAACAUGUUCACCCAGGAGAACAACACCACCAGUGUAACCACCGCUACCAACAACAGCACAGAUCAUGGGAGCAGUGAGGAGAGCAAUCUCCCCAGGUCUGUGUCUGUCGCGACGGGCCUCAACAAUAUAGUGAAGAGGCCUCGUGUGCGCACCAUCUUUCCCCACACUUCUGGAAACAACAGCACACUGCUCAGCUUUGACGAGGGAGAUGUCAUCAUCCUGCUCAUCCCUGACGAGAGAGACGGGUGGAUGUAUGGCGAACUGGAGAAAAGUGGAAAGAGGGGCUGGUUCCCUUCAUCUUACUGCCUUGCACUCACAGAGGCACUUGUGAAUAACAACAGUGUGUCUGUUGCACCAUACCGCAGCAGGAGUGUGGUCAACCUGCACCAUCAGGACACAGAGACAGAUGAAGCGACCAUGGUGCUCCCCCCCGCGGACUACUGUGACACCCCACAGCGCAACAUUAUCAAGAACAACACCUCGUCCACCAGCACCGUCAUCACAAAUAACAACCACCAGCACUCCCCCACACCCUCUGCAGCCUCCUCCUCCUCGUCCGACCACAACACGGCAGUCCAGCCUAAUGGCACCUCAAGACCUCCACCCGCUUACCUCGCGGGAGGGAACCCAUUCGCCACAGUCAGGCUACGUCCAACCGUCACCAAUGACCGCUCCGCACCGGUUAUCUGAUCCGUCCACAUUUUCACCCAUCCUUGAUUCCCACAACUCCUCAUCAAUCUUCCAGUGUCAUUAACCCAGGACAUGCAGCUCUGCCCUGCCUUUACUGUCCAGCAGCUUCUUCUGAUCUGAGUGAAAUCAGACAAACUUGGCCAGCACUGAGAGAAAAAAAUUGCCAUUUGAAUCUUGGAUCCCCUUACUGCUGCAAACUCUAAUAUGGAAGUAUUUUGGGACCAUUUUAUUUACAGAACAGAUGCUCGUAUAUUUAAAGUCAUGUAUUUUCUAUGUCUAUUUUUGUCCUUCUGUGUGUGGUGGUGAUAUUUAAAUGACCACAUUCUUACCUGCACUUGAGAGAUAGAUGAAUAAAAAUGGUCAAAGAAAAUGUUGCAAAGUAUUUAUGCCGUUCAUGUUGCUUGAGCAUCAUCAAAACGACUGUUAGAAAUCGUGUCUGUUGCCAUAGGACAGUAGAAGAAUGUACUGUAGAGGACCUGUGCAUUUCACCUUCAGGUUCUUACGACAAUAUGUAUGUCAGUGUUGAUACUAAAAUUAUGUUGAUAGUUGCAGUAACAAUAAAAAUUGCAAACAUUUAAAGAGAUGCACCCAAACAGGCACACAGGUGGUCUUCAUCCUUAGGUAACUUGUGUAUAAAUUUGUACAGAUGCUAUAAAUAUAUGUCCUUUGCCAUCUAACUUAACUUUUUGUAGAGCUAGAUGAUCAUGGUGACAGGACUUUGCCUUAAUGACACAUACACACCUACUGUAAAAUGUUAUUUACCUGUUGCAUCCUUCAGAUUGUGGACAUGAGUUGUGACAAUCGCCUCAUCUUAUUCUUCACAUACACAGUGCAAUCAUUUCUGCUUUAAUCAUUACAUAUUCUAAGACCACAGCUUGUGCAUUAUUUUGGUCUUUGGCCCAAAGUACAUCCUUAAUAGAAAUUGUUGUAUGAAAAAUAAAGAUUUUAUUUCUUCAAUUUGCUGUUUAGUUUGUUAUCAUGCACAAGUCAUCUACACAAAGUGUCUGCAUCAUUAUAAUUAUUAUGAAACCUCCCUUUGUUUAUAUGGAAAGUAAUAUAAAGCAAGCAAGUACUCAAAAACAUAAGUAGCAUUCAUUUUUAAUUACAGUAACUCAUAUAUAAAAAGUAAGAACCUCAAUCAUAAGAGCGUGCGUAGUGUGUUUUCUAAAGCAAGAAUUUUUUUUUUAAAUCCCUCCCACCCAGCUAUAUCUCAUUUCUUCUGCCACGGACAGUUAUAUAACAUCUUGCUGUGAUGGAAGACAUAGACAUGGAGAUACUGCAGAUACAAGGACAUAGACAUUCUUGAUUGAUUGAUUGUCUGGCUGGGAAGAAUGGGGCAGGGUGACUUGUCACAGAGUCGAGUACUAAGAUAAAAAUCCAGAGGUUAUACACAUUAUCAAGAGAUUUCUUCAGCUUUUGCUCUCAGCAUGCUUCCUUGAAGUGAAACUCCGCACGUUAAAGGACGAGUCUACAUGUUGACAUGAGUUUCUCUUAGAGUAGGUAAAAGUCCAAAGUCAAACAGUGAUUGAGGUUGUAAAGUCGAGGGCGUUUCAGAUUGUAUGUACCUGAGGUCUGUAUUGGCCCUGGAAAAGCACAACCCAGCAAAAUAAUCGUCAAACAAACGGUCAGUGCAAAUAUGGCCCCAAGGAAUAAUAUCAACAAAAACAGACAAAAUGCUGCAGGCGUUCUGUCUGACACAAGUCCAUCGUUUCAGCCAGGACAGUUCAUGUUCAGGGAUCUUUUUUUUUUUUUUGUGUUAUUCCAUGUCACACUCCAAAAAAAACAAAAAAAACAAAAAAAUUAGCAUUUCCUGAAAAAGCUAAUACAUCAGUGAUCAACAUGGAUGCUGUUACUAAGUUACUAAGCACAACAUUAACCAAAAAAUAUGUAUGCAGGGUGCCAGCUAAUUUAAAAAAAAAAAAAAA